AUGGCAACACCCGAAUUCAUCCCCGAUGGCACGAUGAUGCUGACCAUGCCCCACGACCCGAUUCUCCUGAAGACCGAGGUGACGACAGAGGACGAGCCCUACUGCGAGGCCGCGAACUCCAUCGAUCAGCCGACCCUGCCUUAUCUCACCGAGGACACCUGGAGCACGAGCACCGUCUACUGCACGAUUCCCCCGGAUACGGUGGGCACGCUCAGGGACUACCUGAAGGAAGCCUGGCCGAGGAAAGAGAUCCGGGACUACACCGAGCAGCAGAUCCUGCCCUACCUCACCGAGCAGUUCGAGUGGACGACCCUGCUCUACCCCCUCGAGAACGGCUGGAUGGUGCUGACCACCGGCUACAACACGACACCCCAUGCCGCGACCGAGGAAAACGGUGAUGCCACCUCCAUGCUGCAGACCUAUGAGGUCCCCGUUGCGGCCACGGUCAUGCUCUACUACGCCUGGGGCUUUGACCGUACCCCGGAGCCCGGGAACUCACCAGUCUGGUGGUGGAACCUCGUGGACAGCGGAAUCGAAAUGCUGCAAAGGGGGGUUGACCCGUACAUCAUGGCGAGCCUCGUCGAAGACCAUGUGCUGGCCCACCAAGACACGAGGUAUGAGAGGGACGUCGCAGGCUUUGUCAAUGGAAUGCGAGCCAUCUGGACUGACCAUUGCGAAGCCAAUGUUAGAUGGGGGAUACGACUCCGCUUGGAAAGAUACCCGGCGUCCCAAGAUGAAGUCAAGGACUUUGCGGAGAGGACGGCCCGCACCCUUCGGCAACGAUGGCUCCGGGACACCUUCCCAGUGGCUAUGCGGAACAGAGGUUUGGAGCAGAUGAUGGAAGAAGACGGCCAGUAUGACUGUCAUGUUGGAGAUGAACAAUACCUGGCGGAAAAGCGGGAAUACCGAGACAGGCGAGUGUCGCGCUCGCGCACGCCGCAUCGGGGGCCCUUCGCCUACAGACCCCAGCCGCGAGAUCCAACCAGGACUGACGACUCAGAUAGUGACCCGGCAGGAUCCAGUACAGACCCAGUCCGACCGGGAGACCGACAGCCAGCUCACCGGGACUACGGACCACCUCGGACCCCACCGUCGGAACAAGCAGAUUCGGAGUUUGAAUAUGAGUCCCAAUCCUGGCACUCCACCGACGACCAGGAGCACCAUGACGACCCCGAGGGCGACCACACCUACCUCGUGCAGAAGAAGUGGUUGCUGAAGGGCAAGACGAAGACGCCUUAUCUCACGUCGAAGCAAGUCUGGCACUCUGCGCAACCCCGUAACCGGAGGGAGACCAGGCGGGCCCUAGCACCACGACGACCUGGAGAAGCAAGGUCGCUCCUCAGCAGCAGGUGCGAAAACGCCCCAUGGAGACAGACGCAGGCCGCCGCGGACACUGACGAGGUGGAGAUUGAACUGGACGAAGAGGACACGGCGGCAAGGAGACCGUUCAACGGGGAGCAGGACACUGACGAAGGGGGCGAAGAAGGGAGCGCUGAAAGACUGUGGCUCAUGCUCCUCGGCCUAGACCCUUACGGCGGCGGCCUUGCAGCCCCGGCAACGUGGCUCACAAUGCCGAUGACCCUCCCCCACAAAGUGGACAAUAUCCGUGACACGCUGGCGGACCAAAGUGAGGAGGAGCGAAAUGAGAUGAGGGGGGCCCUUCCCAACGUGCUGGAAGCCAUACAGGAAGAACUGCUUGGGCUGCUGGAUGAAUCGCAGGGCUCCUCGAGUUCUGCCCCGCGGCCGGACACCCCAGAGCCUCCUGAUGACAGCUCGAGGGCGGCGGGAAAUGAUGAGGUUGCUAUGAUGCAAAGGACAGUGACCGGUAUGAUACGCACCAACAAACAGGCUCGCGGGCUCAGGGACGAGAAGAUGGCACUCCACCAAGAGUUGCAGACGUACCCGCCGGGCGAGGCUUCCAUCCUGGCUGACCGCUUGAGAAGGAGGCUCCAGAUUGACCGUGCGCGAGUUGAGGAUUGGGCCUCACAAGAUGCGGUCCUGGCGGCCAACACCGAGCUGAAGACCGAAGCAUGCCCGCCUACUGGAGAGGCCCUGGCGGCUCAUGAUGAGUGGGUGGCCAAGUGGAUGACACGACUGCUGUCCAGACCGGGCCCGGGCCAGUCGGCCUCCUCUGGUGAAGAGGCCCUCAGACUGUCUGCAGAUGAAGCCGUGGUGGAAGCAAGAGAGCAGGAAGAGGCGCAACAAGAAAGGGAGGAUGAGGAGCUGUACCGAUGGCAUCAACAGCAGCUGGCCAAAGAAGCUAAAGAAAGCGACGAACAGGCAGUGCAAAGCCGACUGGGCUUGUCGCAGGGUCCACCGGAAAAGCGACUCCGCAUGACGGUGGAAGUCAGAGGACGUCGCACGCACUACAGUGAGUUCGAGAUCGGCCCAGGAGAAGAACUGACUUUGGGCUUGAGCCUGUCCGAAGGUCCCCACAGGUGGCUUCAUGCUGGCCGCCCCGUUGCACCUGAAACAGCCGCCGAACUCAUUCUCAAGGAAGAGCAGCGCUUGUCGCGCCACGACCCGGAGGCCACGGAAGCCCACCUGCCAGGCCGAGAAGGAGAUCGAGGCCGUGAAUGCGAUCCUCCCCUGGCUACGGUUCUGAAAAACUACUACCUCGGUGAGAAGUGGAAGAGCAUGCUCCGAUGCCCGGAGUUUAGAGGCACGUAUGCAUCCUGGCUAUCCGGCAAGACGAGCGACGACCUGGUGCUGUUGAGGUACGGUGACUCCGGGCUCCUGACCUUCCGGACGUUGGUAAACAGGGGGUACAACCAGGCUCCGUCGCCGGAAGAGUGCGGCUCACCCAAUAGCGCGGGCAGCGAGGCUGAGACGGAGGCUGCGGAGGGCAAUGUGCUGGCAGACACAGUAAUGGACGCCAGAGUGGCAGGCCCGGACAGCGUGGACACAGAGGUGCGCCCCACCCAGGACGCGCCUGACGAAAGUUCGCUGGUGCAGGCUCCUGCAGGCCGGGAAGGAGUCCAGGGGCCUACAAGUGACAUGUCUCCUGUGCCGCACGAUGCCUACCUGAAGUGGACGAUGGGGGUCUGGUCGGAUGCCUACGUGAUCGACAACUUUGGGGACAAGGCCUUCAACCAGCUUGUUCGGCGAAGACACUCUGAGAGGGUCCUUGCCCGCCAAAGGCGCACUGAGGCAGCAGCUAUGGAUAGGCGUGACUUGCACGGCGCUGACUCGGCUGCUUCGUCGGGAUCGAUCUGGUGCUUCGUGCGGAUUCCCGGGCGGUCGAUCUCCCACAUUGCAGCCGAGGUAGCACUGCUUACUCAUCCGCACGUGGUGUUGAUGUCGUCAGACACCGGAAAUGAACAACUGGGCCUGACAGAUGUGACGCAGAUGAUCUGCAAUGUUAUAGAGAUCCGCAGCAAGGAGGGGAACAACAAUGGCGUCGUCCUGGUUCCCGAUCAGCUCCUGGCAUCAGUCUUUGAGAUGAAACAGCUUUUCCGGGAGAUCUACGAGAUCUACACCGCCUGUCCGGAGUGCUUUGCAAACCUGAACACCAAUGGCAUCAUUGACAUGCCCGUUGUUCAGCAUCUCUUGCCACCUCUCACUGCGGCCCUGUUCAAGUCGAUGCCCGAGCGAGUUCGUGUGCAGAUUUGCCGAGUGGUGGUCGAGGGCGAAUUUUGUCGUGGCGGCAAUAUUGAUCUUGGCACUGUCGAGACAGAGGUCAUCUUCAAAAGCAUGGUGGAGGGCGAGCUCACAAGACGCGUGGUCAUGGGCAAGUUCAGGGGUCCCUUCCAGGCAAUUACAUACUCCCUUCCAUACCAAGCACGUGCAGCACUUCCAAGCAACUUCGACUGUGAUCUCGGAUACACGAUCGGCUACACGGCAGGAACCUUCGUCACGCAGGAACGGACCGGUGUCUUGGUGGAUGUGACGAAGCUCAAGGAAGACGUGAAGCACUGGGAGGUCUUCGGCACACCCAUCUCAUCGCUCCUCACUUUCCAUGCCAGGGGCUUGUGCUCCGGACCUCCGUCAAACUGCUUUCCAUGA